AAAUGGACAACAACGGGUGGUGACCUCUACCUCUCUCCUUGUCUCUGUCUCUGUCUCUACUCUCUCGCUCUCUUGGCGAUCCAUUUUCCAAAAAAAUAACCUCAAAACCCAAAACACAGCAUGCAAAAGUAGUACUAAGAAAUUAAAAAUAAAGAAACAACAAAGUGGUGGUGCUGCUGCCUGAUAUUUUUUGAGAAAGAGAGUGUCUUUAAACGAGGUCAUUCUUACACCUUCCUCUCACCGAUUUUGCCUCUCUUUUAUCUCAAGCUGCAGUUGGUUAUGAGGACCUCGUAAAAGUUUUAGCUGUCUAUGACGUCAUUCAGAUCAUGGAAAUUGCUAAAAAGGAACACCUUCUGUGAUGGGGUGAAAUCCGGUUUGAAGAUGAAGCUGCUGCCGUUUAUGGGAGUUUUGUGUACAGCAAUGUUGUUCGUUGUGUAUAGAACUACAAUAUAUCAGUAUCACCAUACAGAGAUGGAUGAAAAAUUGUACCCCUUUGAAAUAUUGAAGGAAUCGGCUUUGGCUUCUGGACUGUUGGGUGGUUUGCCUCAUGGUAUUAUACGAGCUAGCUCAGAUUUAGAGUUGAAGCCUCUAUGGUCAACAAGUAGUUCGAGGUCAAAGGUUGAUCCUUCUACCCGUCAUUACUUGCUGGCAAUUCCAGUUGGCAUCAAGCAAAAGGAUAAUGUCGAUCAUAUUGUCCAAAAAUUUCUUCCAGAGAAUUUUACAGUUAUUCUAUUUCAUUAUGAUGGCAACGUGGAUGGGUGGUGGGAUCUUGAUUGGAGCAAUGAAGCCAUACACAUAGUUGCCAAGAACCAAACGAAGUGGUGGUUUGCCAAACGCUUCCUGCAUCCUGCUGUUGUGUCUGCUUAUGAUUAUAUAUUUCUAUGGGAUGAAGAUUUGGGGAUUGAGCAUUUCAAUCCAGGAAAAUACUUGAAAAUUGUGAGAUUUGAAGGACUGGAGAUAUCUCAGCCAGCUUUGGACCCAAAUUCAACUGACAUACAUCAUAGAAUUACUAUUCGUGCCAGAAUGAAGAAGUUUCAUAGAAGAGUUUAUGACAGCAGAGGCAGUACCAAAUGUUCUGACAUCAGCGAGGGGCCUCCAUGCACUGGAUUUGUAGAAGGUAUGGCUCCAGUCUUUUCAAGAUCUGCUUGGUACUGUGCUUGGCAUCUUAUACAGAAUGAUCUAGUCCAUGGAUGGGGAAUGGACAUGAAACUUGGAUACUGUGCGCAGGGAGAUCGCACAAAGAAGGUGGGGGUCAUUGAUAGCGAAUAUAUUGUUCAUAAGGGCAUACAAACUUUGGGUGGGCGUAAAACUCCUAGAAGAAAGUCAUCAAAUACAGAAGAGUUGACUAAGAGACAUAGUGCUGCAUCCGUGGAUCCUAGGAUGGAGAUUAGAAGGCAAUCAACAUGGGAGCUUCAAAUAUUUAAGGAUCGCUGGAAGCAAGCGGUAAAGGAGGACAAAAAUUGGGUUGAUCCAUUUCUAAGGAACCGAAAACGCAGAAAACUGAAGCGGCACGGCCAAUAAUCUAGUUGUCUUCAUCACACAUGGGGUCUUAUCUAUACCUGUAAUUUUGUCCUCCUAGCUUUUAUUGAUGCUCAUAAUUGAUUCACUAAAUGGACAAGUCAUAGUUUUGUUCUUAAAAUCCAGAUUUUGUUUUACUUGCCUAGUUCUAGCUGAUUUCUCUCGGUUGCUUUCCAAGCCUCUCAAUUUUGCAGAUUGAGGGCAUGUAGAUUCCUUUAUGCAUUACCUAUAGACGAACAAUGAAUUGCUUGCUUCGGGGAAGAAAUUUAAGGUCUGUUAUACCGCAGCACAAUUCACCAUGUCUGUGAUCUGCCAUUGGCGUACUGCCAUGCUACUGCUACAAAACUUCAGAAUCAGGCUCUUAAUAUUUUUGCUUUGCAUGGCGUAGUUGGAGGUCUACUUGUGUAGUAUUUUUUUAUUUUAUGUUAGUACGGUAAUGUGCUUGUCCUGCAGUGUUACAGUACCUGCAUUGAAUUAAAUUAAAAAAAAAAAACUAAAGGAGAAGUUACUGUAAGAACAAGACUUAUUUUCCUAUUCAUUGUAUUGUAAUAGUGUAUUUACUUAA